CUUCGGAGAUGCCGGUACGCAGGUCAUCCCCCUUUCGCCCGCAUUUUCAUCGGCUUUAGUUGAGCAAAUCAAAACCAAUAUAUCAUUCUCUUUGCACAGCCAUGACCAGAAUAGAAAGUUUUGCACAUCACUAAGAGAAUACAAAGUAUCGCUUGCCAUUUUCUUUUCCCUCAAGGAGACACAACGCUCCGUGACUUGUUCCUUUUAUUAUAAAUAGCAAAGACUAUACCAUAGGUGGUUUACACCUACAACCUUAGCAUCCUUCCAACUUUUACUCCCACCCUGCCCCUUACUAUUAUCUUUUCAAGUCAAAAACACUAUUGCUAUGCAAGGACCACUCCUUCUCGUUGCCGGCCUCGCUGCCUUGCCUUGGGCAUACAGCAUGAAGACCCUUGCACCUCCAGCUAACUGGUUAUAUACCAGCGAGCUUCACGACACGGCUGUCAAGCUACUCAAUCGGUCCGAUAUUGCUGGCGCCCAGGUUCUAUACAGCUGGAAAUCGCUAGAGAGGGGCAAGGAUCAGUAUGACUUCUCACGGAUCCAGGGCGACAUAGCAACAGCCAAAGCAAGAGGCAAAAAGCUCUGGGUUCAACUUCAAGACCGCUCCUUUGACAAGUCAAUCGACCCGGUACCAAGGUAUCUCAAGGUGCCGUACUACAACAACGGCAGCGCGCAGACUUGCGACGGCAACAACUGCACCGCAAACUUUGUCGUUGGAGGACACGUCGCGCAGCACUGGAACCCGCGCGUCCGUGAGAGAUUCCAGGCGCUGCUAACAGCCAUGGCCAGAGAGCUCGAUGGGUCUCUGUACGGCAUCAACCUGGCUGAGACGGCUAUUGAGGUUGACAGCAAGAAGGACAACUACACCGAUGCCGGGUAUUUCUAUGGCGAGCUGGAAAAUGCCAGACAUGCCGCCAGCGUCUUCAACAAGACGUUUGUGGUGCAGUACGUCAAUUUUUGGCCAGACGGCUGGGCAAACGCCAAAGGACGUCUUGACGAGUCGUUUGACUUCUAUGCAAAGCAUGGCAUCGGUGCCGGUGGGCCAGACCUGAUUCCUGAAGCCGAGAAUCAGCUCAAGAACUCGUACCCGUUUCUGAGACGCUAUCGCACAAAGUUGCCAAUUUCUGUUGUUGCUGUUCAAGAACCAGAUCUGAAGGCUACCAACCCUCACACCAACGCUCCCUUUACAAAAAAGGAGUUUGUUGAUUACGCGACCAAUUAUUUGGGAGUAAAAAUCAUCUUCUGGGCGACGUCAUCUCCAUGGCUCAAAUCCAAUGCUGCUUAAGUUGGGCUUUUCAAUGUGAUUUGGUCUCUUUGCCAUUCACAGUAUACUAGAAUUUAGAUUAAUAAGUGUCCAAGUCUACAUCUUGGGAAUAAUAAUAGUUUGACAAGGUGGAGAGCGUUGCGAACUAGGCGUGGCUAUGUAUCGAGUGUAACAGUACUGGAUGUCUUUAUACUUGUAUCCUGAACACUACACAACGCUCUAAUACUGCUAUCGGUAGAGGACUACGGACUUGAAUUGUGCUACUGAAGAGGUGCCUUGAAGAUCGAUGAUGUCAAAGGUGCUAGCCAGCGCGGGGUAGUGAGGCUGUGAUGCUGAUCUGCAUGGGCGGUGAAAAGAAGCAAAUCAUCCCAAUUAUAGGCUAAUAUGUAUUGUAUAGUUGUAAGCUUUAUAUUAGUUGUC